GAGGUGGCUAUCCCUGAACUGCCUGCCCCUGCCGGGAGGAGGCGCCACUUACAAUUUGCAGGUGUCUGCGCUGGGGACAGCGCUUCAGCCUCACUCUAGUUGGCAGCACGGAAAAGAAGGAAGGGGCCGUGUCCCCGCCCCCCGGAUGGUCGUACCCGGCCCGGAGUCCCGGCGGGCGGCGGCGGCCACCAUGCUCCUGCGCACUGCUCGGGUCCCACGCGAGUGCUGGUUCUUGCCCACCGCGCUGCUCUGCGCCUACGGGUUCUUCGCCAGCCUCAGGCCGUCCGAGCCCUUCCUAACCCCUUACUUGCUGGGGCCGGAAAAGAACCUGACUGAGAGGGAGGUCUUCAAUGAAAUAUAUCCAGUAUGGACUUACUCUUACCUGGUGCUGCUGUUUCCUGUGUUCCUUGCCACAGACUACCUCCGCUAUAAGCCUGUCAUUCUGCUCCAGGGACUCAGCCUUAUUGUUACCUGGUUCAUGCUGCUCUAUGCCCAGGGACUGCUGGCCAUUCAAUUCUUGGAAUUCUUCUAUGGCAUCGCCACUGCCACUGAAGUUGCCUAUUACUCCUACAUCUACAGUGUGGUAGACCUGAGCAUGUACCAGAAAGUCACGAGCUACUGUCGAAGUGCCACCUUGGUGGGCUUCACAGUGGGCUCUGUCUUGGGGCAGAUCCUCGUCUCAGUGGCAUCCUGGUCCCUGUUCAGCCUGAAUGUCAUCUCUCUCACCUGUGUUUCUGUGGCCUUCGCUGUGGCCUGGUUUCUGCCUAUGCCACAGAAGAGCCUUUUCUUUCACCACGUUCCUCCCUCCUGCCAGGGAACAAACGGCAUCAAGGUACACAAUGGUGGCAUUGCUACUGACACUGCAGCGUCUAACCACCUUCCGAAGUGGGAGGACGUUGAAUCAAAAAUCCCUCUAAAUCCGGAGGAGCCACCCGUGGAGGAACAGGAAGCCGCGCCAGGCCGCCUCCUCGUGCUGAAGGUCCUGUGGAGUGACUUCCUGCUCUGCUACUCCUCCCGGCCUCUGCUCUGCUGGUCUGUGUGGUGGGCCCUCUCCACCUGCGGCUAUUUCCAGGUCGUGAACUACGCACAGGGCCUGUGGGAGCAGGUGAUGCCUUCGCGCCAUGCUGCCAUCUACAACGGCGGCGUGGAGGCCGUUUCAACCUUACUGGGUGCUGUUGCAGUGUUUGCAGUCGGUUACAUAAAAAUAUCCUGGUCCACUUGGGGAGAACUGGCAUUGUCUCUGUUCUCUCUCCUGAUUGCUGCUGCAGUGUAUAUCAUGGACACUGUGGGUAACAUUUGGGUGUGCUACGCAUCCUACGUUGUCUUCAGAAUCAUCUACAUGUUACUCAUCACGAUAGCAACUUUUCAGAUUGCUGCAAACCUUAGCAUGGAGCGCUAUGCCCUAGUGUUUGGUGUAAAUACCUUCAUUGCCUUAGCACUGCAGACUCUGCUCACUCUAAUUGUGGUAGAUGCCAGUGGCCUUGGCUUGGAAAUUACCACUCAGUUCUUCAUCUAUGCUGGUUACUUUGCACUCAUCGCUCUGGUUUUCCUGGCUAACGGUACAAUCAGUAUUGUGAAGAAAUAUAGAAAGCAAGAAGAUCCAGAAUCAAGUUCUCAAGUGGCCCCCUCAUAACAUACUGCAAAUGAGCUUCAUAUUGCAAGAAUUCUGCACAACCGCUGUGACCGGAUAUAUUUAAUUUUUUAAAGUGUAGACACAUAUUUAUGAGUAUGCAUUUCAUGACUUCAAAGCAGCCAGUUGACUAUACCUUGUCUUCCCAGAGUAACAAUACAGUUGAGAAAUGAAGUAUUUGGAAUACUUACGAGAGCCAAUUUAACAAUGCGUUUUUCCUGCUUCAAAAGUGAACUUGCUUUUGAAAACCAAGAAUCAAGCGCAGUCAGGCAGCACAUGGUAAUGUACACAUGCUCACAAGUGAGUUUGGUGUUUCACAGGUCAAGUAUUCUACUUCUGUGUCUGAUUAGCCAGAUGCUUGGCCUGUUGGGACCAGGGUUUCACAGGCCACAGGAUGUUACAGUCAGAAUCAAAAUAGUGUUCUAAUAGCAUCUGCCUUUGUUCAACUUAGUUCUCAUGUCCUUGUUACUCAUGUGCAUUUGUUUCUACAGAUGACAGCAUUUGCCCUGGUUUGGUGUUCUAUAAAGAAUAUGUGUUAAUUCUGAGUUAUCUUUAAAAAUUCAUUGUGUAAAUACUCUCACUGCCCACCUUGACUGUUAUGUAUUUGUGUUGAUUUUUCUUAGAAGUGUAUUUUUACAUUAUUCAUAUGCUUCCCAGAGAAGCUAAUUUAGUUAAAAAAUAAGGCAAGUUUUGAGGCCUACUAAUAAUAUAAGUGACCUAAUCAGAAAACUUAAGGUAGGUUUACUUGUCUUUUAUUCUUCGGUAUGAAGGACUAUUAAUUUUAUGAUGAAAAUUUACUAAGUGGGCUAAAGGCAUAACUAGUCCAUUUUGUAUCUGCAUUCCCUUUUAUCUUCAAAAUAAAAUGGGAAAGUCUUCUCUUAAAAUAACUUCAUGUCCAUUUAUGGCAUUUAUAUUAUUUGUCCUUCUUAUCCAAGAUAAAGGUGUCAUUAACUGUUGGAUUAUUCCAAGGUCUUUUUCACAAACUGAGCCACUUUAUUUUGGUGGGACAGGAACUAGGAUGGACUUGUUCCUGCAUUUUGUAUAUUAAAUUUGCUUUUGUUUCUAAAGGUGGAUCAUCUUAAAUAUCUGCUUAAAAUAAGAAUUGCUGUUGAUUCCAUUUCCAAGUUACUUGAAAAAUGUUAUUAUGUGUACAUUUAAUUGGGAAAUUAGUCUACCAAGUGACUGCUAGCAUAUAUGAGACAUAACUAUUUUAAAGCCAAUUUUGUUGCCUUAACUUAAAAAAAAAAACCUAGGUCAACUUUUUUAGAAUGACAUAGGUAAAUACUGAAUAGUAAUGUCAAGAUUCCAAAACUGACAUAUUCAUUUAUGUAAGCAAGAAUUUAAGAAGCAAAUGAAUGAGGAUAAGAAUAAGUCAUUUUCCAGUCACCUUCCUUUCUGAAUAAGAGAAAGGAGAAGAGCAUUAGCUAAGGAAGGAAAAAGGAAGUGAUAUCAUAAACAGCAACCUCAGUUUUGCAUUUUGUCUUUAUUUUGCUACAUAGGGAAUGUAUACUCAGAAACAAGCAGAAAAAUGAUAUUUGAGGAAUUUAAUUUUUUUAAUAAAAUAGACUGUGGCACAAUCAAACUAUUCAUGUAACUAAAACAGUAUUUCCCUGGAAUUUAAGUCACAGUUUGUUGUAUACAAUCAGAGCUUUUACUUAUUUAAGAGAAUAAUAAGUUUGUAUCUUGGUGUGUGUGGUACUAUUUGUAGAAUGCUGAACCCAGUUUGCAAGUUGUACUGUAUGUGGUUUUGGAAAGAAGUGCAAAUAAUUUGUUGUACUUUUUAUUCAAUACUGUAUAGAUUAUACAAUUAUUUUUUAUUAAAUAUUUUACAGUAUA